ACUCUGCGUGUGUUCCGGCAGGUGAUGGGAGCAUGAGCGAGAAGGCGGGGGAUGCGCAGCCAGACGGGCCAGAGGCAGCCGGAGCCUGCGGGGCCAUUUCCGAGUUGUUGCUGAGGGAAGCUUCCCUCCUGGGCCGGCGCCGGGAGGCGUCCCGCCCCAGGGCAGACCUCCUUUCCGCAGAGACGGGGCUGGAGGAGGCUUCUGGCUGCGGCUUUCGGAAGCGGAAGGAGCGAGCGGUGCCCCAGCGCGCGUUCCUGGGGGAGAAGCCCUUCAUCUGCAGCGAGUGCGGGCAGAGCUUCGGCCGCAGCUCCGACCUGCUCCGCCACCGGCGGAUCCACAGCGGCGAGAGGCCGUACGGGUGUGCUGACUGCGGCAAGAGCUUCGGCCGCCGCGCCCACCUCGUCCAGCACCAGCGCGUCCACACGGGGGAGCGGCCCUACCGGUGCGAGGACUGCGGGAAGAGCUUCCGCCAGAGCACCCACCUGGCGCAGCACCAGCGCAACCACACGGGCGAGAGGCCGUACGUCUGUGCCAAGUGCGGGAGGCACUUCUACCAGAACUCGGGCCUGCUCCGCCAUGCCAGCUUCCACACCGGGGAGAAACCUUACCGGUGCCCCCAGUGCGGGAAGCGCUUCAGCGACAGCUCCAACCUCCUCGCUCACCGGCGGCUCCACACGGGCGAGAAGCCGCACAGGUGUGCCGACUGCAGCAAGUGCUUCAGUGAGAGUUCCAAGCUCGUCAUCCACCGGCGUGUCCACACGGGGGAGAAGCCGUACCUGUGCCCCGACUGCGGGAAGAGAUUCAGCCAGCGGUCACACCUUGUCCAGCACCGGCGCACCCACACCGGGGAGAAGCCCUACAAGUGUGCCGAGUGCGGCACCUGCUUCGGUGACAACUCCACCCUCAUCCGCCAUCGCCGCACCCACAGCGGGGAGAAGCCUUUCCAGUGCUCGCGCUGCGGGAAGAGCUUCAGCCGCAACUCCUACCUCGUCUCACACCAGCGGGUGCACGUGUGGUAGGCGGCGUGGCCAGGUGUGGCCUGGGGGUGAUCUUAGGAUGCAGCUUCUGAUCCAGGCCUGCCCAGAGUGUGCC